AGUCUGUCACCGGUUUUGCUUUCGAUGUUCGUGUCGCCGUAUUAAAACGAAUCAAUCGUAUAUAAUGCUCGUUGGUAUUUUCAUAAUUGUAUUAAUCGUUCAAUCUAAAAUAUGAUAUCGCUUGCUGUGCUAUAAAACUAAAUGGCAUUUGUGAGGUUUGCCCGCAGACGGCGAUUUACUUUUUUAAAAUUAUUUCUAAUAUGUUUUGCCUUCCUUGGUGUUUUACUGUGGCUUUAUAUGCGAAACUUAUCUGACAGUGAACCUGUAAACAUUGCUCAUCAUCCUAGAGAAUUUCUUAGUUCCAAAGAAAUACACACAAUAAGUAAAACGAACCAAAAUAUAUAUUUAAAGGAUGUAUUUAAGUCAAAUAUUUUUGUGACUAAACGUGAUAGUGUUUUUCGAAAUCCUGCCCUUUUACAUAAGUUACAAGCAAAAGCACCAAAUAUUGCUCCGAACCAAAAAGUUUCAAAAACAGUUAGUCAUUCAGAUGUUCAUGAAGACUUCAAAGAGCGUUUUGAUUAUCCUAUACCAAAAAUGAAAGUUACUCCUGGAUUAGGUGAAAAUGGUGCACCAGUUGUACUGCCAAAAGAAGAACAAAUCUUAGCAGAUAAAUUGUUCAAUGAUGCUGCAUUUAAUGUUUAUUUAAGUGAUAGAAUAUCUCCUAAUCGAAGUGUUCCUGAUCCAAGAAAUCCAAAAUGUGAAUAUGAAAGCUAUGACCAUGAUUUACCUACUACAAGUGUGAUAAUUAUAUUUACCAAUGAAAUAUGGUCAGCUCUUCUUAGAACUAUUCAUAGUGUUGUAAAUCGUACACCUUCCCGUCUUUUACGUGAAAUUAUUUUGGUUGAUGAUUUUAGUGAAAAAGAUGAACUAAAAUAUGCUCUGAAGAAAUAUAUAGAGAAACAGUUUAAACCAGGUCUUAUCAAACUGAUAAGAUUUAAUGAAAGAAAAGGAUUGAUUAGAGCUCGUUUAGCUGGAGCACAACUUGCUACUGGUGAUGUUCUUGUUUUCCUAGAUUCCCACUGUGAAGCAAAUAUUAAGUGGUUGGAACCUCUUCUUCAAAGAAUAAAAGAAGAAAGAACAGCCGUUGUCUGCCCUAUUAUAGAUGUUAUUGAUGAUAAAACUUUUGAAUAUUAUGCAACAAAUUUAGAGUAUUUCCAAAUUGGAGGAUUUACAUGGAAUGGUCAUUUUACCUGGAUAGAAAUUUCAGAUGAAGAAGAUAGACGCAGAAAAUCAGAAGUAGCUCCUACAAGAACUCCUACUAUGGCUGGUGGACUGUUUGCGAUAGAUCGAAAAUAUUUUUGGGAAGUUGGAAGUUAUGAUUCUGGAAUGGAAAUUUGGGGUGGAGAGAAUUUGGAAAUGUCCUUUAGAGUCUGGAUGUGUGGCGGAACAUUAGAAAUAAUACCUUGUUCUCAUGUUGGUCAUGUUUUUCGAAGUUUUCAUCCAUAUAAAUUCCCUGGGAACAAGGAUACUCAUGGAAUAAACACUGUCAGAACUGUUGAAGUUUGGAUGGAUGAAUACAAAAAAUACUUUUAUUAUCAGCGACCAGAUUUAUUAGGUAUUGAUUAUGGAGAUAUUACUGAAAGACUUGAAUUGAAAAAGAGACUUAAAUGCAAGUCAUUUCAGUGGUAUUUAGAUAACAUAUAUCCAGACAAAUUUAUCUUUGAUAAGGGAGUUUUAGCAUAUGGAAGUUUGAAAAAUCCUUUGACUAAUCUGUGCCUUGAUACACUGAAUCGGGAUGAAGAUAGAUCUGAACCUAUUGGCUAUUUUCAUUGCAAACCAAAUUCGGAUCUAGUGAUAAAUCAGGAAUUUUUAGCUGCAUUACAAUUACUGUCAUACACAGAGAAGAAAGAACUGAGAAUUGAAGAUAACUGUGCUGAAAUAAAUGAUGAUUUUGAUAUGCAUUCAGAACUUCCUGUAAUAAUGACUAAGUGCAAUGGAGGAGACAACCAAAAAUGGAUACAUAAAAUGGGUGGAGAAAUUAAACAUGAGAAAUCUGGUAUGUGCCUUGAUGCUGGUAAGAAAAAAUCUGAAGAUGAUGCUGUAGUUAGGAAAUGCUAUGGAGGCCACUUUCAAAUUUGGUGGUUUGAAAACUAUGUCCAUCCUCAUAUAGAUGUAAAAGAUGAUGACAACGAUCAUGAGGACUUCAAUGUACUACAAUAGAGACAAGGUAAAAAAACAACAGAAGUUUCAUUAUUCCUUCCAAUUUCACCAUAUCAGUCUGACUAGGAAGGUAUUUUGAUUUUAUGAACAGUAAACUGAUUUUGCUACUUUAAAAAUUGCUUGUGCCUUUAUAUGUGAUGUGCCACUAUCAAUAGUUGAAUAACUGAUUAUUUAAUUUGUGAGUGUUUUUCCAACUGAAAUUACUUGCAUUUUUCGAGGGGAAGCACUGCACGUGUGAGGUAAUGGUACUUUUGAAACUGCAGUAUCUGAUGCACAAAUAUUAAAUGCAACUUAAUCAAAAUAUUAUGCAUUUGCCCAGCUGUUUUAUUUGUUAUGUAGUUAUUAUGAUACUUUUUAAUGUUAUUGUAUAAGUUGUUAAUCACUAUGAAAAAACAUGUAUUUGUCUGAAGACAAGCUUUGUUGUUAGUGAUACGACAAUCAAAUGUUUAUUACUGCUUAUUACUUAUUCAUUUUUACUUUUACAAAAAAAGACAAAAUUUUAUGUAUACAUAUAUGCAUUCUUGUUGAAUUAUUUUAAUAGUUCUAAAUUAUUAUUCAAGAACAUAAAAGAAAAGUAUUGUAUAUUUCAAAUUAAAGAUUUCUUUGGAAUAU